UAAGGAUUAAAAAAUUAUACUUUGAUGGCCAGCAAAAUGUUGCAUUUUUAUUUCCUAAUUUUUUUCUUCCUAAGUUAUGGUAUUCUAAUUCCAACAAAGUGCCUUGGUAAUACAUGUCUCCCAAAUGAACAUGUUGCAUUAUUUGUAUUUGGAGAUUCAUUAUUUGAUGUUGGAAACAAUAAUUACAUCAAUACUACUGGUAGUCAGGCAAAUUACUCACCAUAUGGUGAAACCUUCUUCAAUUAUCCAACUGGUAGAUUUUCUAAUGGACGUGUGAUUCCAGAUUUUGUAGCUGAGUAUGCUAAGUUGCCAUUAAUUCAACCUUACCUAUUUCCUGGUAAUCAACAAUAUCUUAAUGGAAUCAAUUUUGCAUCUGGUGGAGCUGGGGCUUUAGUAGAAACCAAUCAAGGACUGGUGAUAGGUCUAAAGACUCAAUUGACUUAUUUCAAGAAUGUGAAGAAGAUACUUAGACAGAGACAUGGAGAUAAAGAAACCACAACUCUGCUAUCCAAAGCUGUUUACUUGAUUAACAUUGGAUUCGAUGAUUAUUUGCAAGAAAAUUCCAGCUUAUACACUCAUCAAAAAUAUGUAUCCAUGGUUGUUGGUAAUCUUACAACUGUGAUCAAAGGAAUAUAUGAUCUAGGAGGGAGGAAAUUUGGAAUUAUUAACCAACCAUCUAUGGGUUGUUUUCCAACCAUCAAGGCUUAUGUAAAUGGAACUAAAUUAGGUUCCUGCCUUGAAGAGUUUUCAGCAAUUGCCGAAGUGCAUAACACUAUGCUUUCUGUGGAACUUCAGAAGUUAAAGAAACAAAUCAAAGGAUUUAAAUAUUCAUAUUUCAAUUUGUUUGAUCUUGCCUUUGAAGUCAUAAACAACCCUUCCAAAUUUGGUUUGAAAGAAGGAGGAGUGGCAUGCUGUGGUAGUGGCCCUUAUAAAGGAUAUUACAGUUGUGGAGGUAAAAGAGAAGUGAAAGAUUAUGACUUGUGUUUGAAAGAAGGAGGAGUGGCAUGCUGUGGAAGUGGCCCUUAUAAAGGAUAUUACAGUUGUGGAGGUAAAAGAGAAGUGAAAGAUUAUGACUUGUGUAAGAAUCCUUCUGAAUAUGUGUUCUUUGAUGCUGUUCAUCCUACUGAAAGUGCUAGUAGGAUUAUUUCCCAAUUUAUGUGGAGUGGAAAUCUGAGUAUAAGUGGCCCAUACAAUCUUAAAUCACUAUUUCAAGAAUAGUUCAACUAUAUGUCAUAUGUUCACAUAGUAAAAAAAAAAACAUAAAUGUUCGUAUUAAAGAAUAAAGUUGUCUGUAUUAGUUAGAA